AUGCAAUACAGAGGAAGUGGAAAUGCUUUUAGCAAUCUUGUAUCAAAUGGGUCAUAUUCAUUUUCGAAUCCGGCAUUUGUUGCACUAGCUAGUUAUUCUUCUAUGUCACUUUUGAAGAUGCUCGGUAUGUCAACUUAUACAAUGAUUCAACGAUUUCGUACAGGAAAUUUUAUUACGCCUGAAGAUAAUAUGUAUAAACAAUUAAUCAAUCGAUUGGUUCAUUCCAGCGGUACUACAAAAACUAAAAAUGAACUAGUUGAACGUGCACGAAAUAACCAUUUGAAUGACUUGGAAAAUAUUAUUCCAUUCGUCUUAGUUGGCCUAUUUUAUAUUGGUACUCAGCCGAAAUUUGAUAAUGCUCUUUGGCAUUUUCGAAUUUUUUUUCUGUCACGAAUUUUACAUACUAUAGCUUAUCAGAUUCCAUUACCACAGCCAGCACGUACAAUUUCAUGGCUAUUCGGUUAUUCAAGUAUAAUUUCUAUGACAAUACCCAUACUCCGUUCGAUUCAAAUCUAA